AUGACAGAUCAAAGUCAACCAUCAAAUCAAAGACCAGUCGCUAAGCUUUUAGACUAUUAUAGACUUACGAUGAAAAACGUUGGCGUUUCUGAGGACUGGUGUUUAAUAUCUUCACCAAAUGGUAGCAUAAGAAUAGGACCCGUUAUAACUCGUGUCACAAAGGGUCAAUGGUAUGACUUUCGCUAUUACCCGGCUCACGUCAAUACAGGCAUUCCAUCAGCGAUACAACGAUAUCCCAAAUGGUUUUCCUCCGGUUCUGUGCUCGUAGUCAUCGGUCAAAACGGAGUGGUUGUCGUCGAAGACACCAUUGCUGUGACCAAAGAGCCAGUGGUUAUCGUCCGCCGCAACGGUCAGGUGGCAGUCCUCGAGAGUGGUCUCCAAUGCAUUCCUCUGGAGUCGGGGAUUCACUUUGUUUUGCAAGCAAUUGACGUAACAGUUGUCGUUGUGGGCAAUGGAGGUCUCAAUGAGAAUGAACUCAUUUACACAUGUCUUCGGCCGGAGUUCACACAGAUUUCAAGAGAGCUAUUACUCGUUAAACCGGUGCUCUUCGUAAUGACGACCGAAAAGAGUGGUUUCCAUUUGGUUCAAGUGAGACAACGACUCAUAGUUAUCAACGCUGACACCAAUGAGACACUUCUGAGCGACAACUUCUGGUUUCUUGAGUUCAACUCUUUGUUCAAAUUCUUUUCGUCGGUUAUUAACAAAGAACUGGAAUUCGGAAGAAAUGAGUUUCAAAAUCAAGUCAAACUGUCGGACCAAGUGAUCGCUCCAAACAAAUAUAUCUCUCUUUUGGGACCACUUCUCACACGUCUGGAGAUCAGCGAAAGAAACGCGCGAACAGUGGAUAAGAAGUUUGAGUUCGUGUCCAAAACGGGUCGGAUUGUGGUCUUCGCAAACAUCGAUGAAAUGCCGUCGUCUGGAGUGGUAAAGGAAGGCCUCGAGUCCCGCCUCACCAUUCAGUUGCCAGACAGCGGACAGGCCUUCGUUGUGACCACAGAUGCACUCCGCGUGAAGACAACUGUCAAUAAACACAUCCGAGUCCUCACAACAAACAAUCUGUUUCUGGACGACAAAAAUCACAUCAUUUUGAUGUUCAGAAAGGGAUUCAUACUUCUGACUGGAAGAGGUGGUGGUGGAGGUGCCGGUGGAUCCAAACAGCGCCGCCCAUACCUGGCCUCCCAGUGCGAUGACCUGAAAGAGGCCCAGAAGUGGCGCUUAGACAUCGUCCGCGAGAUCAGCAAAAAGGUGACUCAAAUACAAAACGCAGGGUUAGGAGAGUUCCGGAUCAGAGACCUCAACGACCAGAUCAACAAACUCUUGAGAGAGAAGAGGCACUGGGAGUACCGGAUCCACCAGUUGGGCGGUUACACCAAUCGAAGUGGUCCGCGUUUCGAGAACUCGGGCAAAGAAGUGGUGGGAAAUCGUGGCUAUAAGUACUUCGGCGCCGCCAAAGACUUGCCCGGAGUUCGCGAUCUCUUUUCACACGACCCGCCGAUUUUGCCGCGAAAGACACGCGCGGAACUCAUGAGAGACAUCGAUGCAGACUAUUAUGGCUUCAGGGAUGAAGACGAUGGCGUUAUUGUCGCCGAAGAGCAGAAAGUCGAGAGACAACUGUUGGCCUCAAUUGCAGCCGAAGAAGGCAUUCAAGACAUUAAAGAUUUGUUUAAAUCUAAUACUAUUGACGACGAAUCGGACGGUUUGGACGCUUGCGGUCCGAAACGGUUUAUAUCUCACGUGCCGUUUGUUCCGACACAACAAGAAGUACAGCAAGAGUUGGUUCGCCGAAAGAAACAGCAAUUACUCGACAAGUAUUCAUCAGAAAGCGGUCUAACAAUCGACUGAUCGUUAUCUCGAUUGCAUUGAAAUCAUAUGAAAUGUAUAUAACUAUAAAAACUUCUAAAUAAAUAUUUUUACUUGUAUUUAGUCUGACUUUGAAUGAAUUUAUG